AUGGCUCGUCCCACCCAGGAAUAUCUCAUUUAUCGCGGUGGUAAAUGGGUUCCACAAUUGGUGUAUGACUUAGAUGACCAUGUUACAUUUGCCGAAAUCAAAUUCUUCUAUGCAAAUAUUGUUGAUUAUAUACGUAUUAUUAUGUGUAUCGUAGCAGGAUUUAUUAUUACUACCGAAUGGCAUCUAUUGACUGCAUUUCUCAUAUUGGGUUCAAUUCUAUUAGAUUGGAUUGAUGGUCCAAUUGCUCGUUCAUACAAUCAAUGUUGUAUAUUCGGUUCUGGCAUUGAUUGGCUUGCUGAUAUACUUGGUGUAGUAGUUAUAAUGGCUUGGUGGGCUCGAUAUGAUUAUACUGUGAUUCCUUGGCUUCUUGUUGCCACUUCGGUUGAAAUUAGUACAGGAUUAUUUGAUUUUUCUGUUACAGCCACAGCUCGUUAUCCGAAACUGAAGAAAGGUCAAAGUGGAUUUUUUCUUAUUCUUGAAUGGACAAUGCCAGAGAAUGAAUAUACAAUUUUCGGUACAUUUCUUUGGCUUGCUUAUCCAUUCUACUGUGUCUUUCGAACAUUAGAAUAUUGUUAUGGAUAUUAUGAAAUAAUUAAUACGACAAAUGUAUACACAUCAUUAGAAGAAUUGAACAUUGUAUUGACGUUAUUUUUAUUAAAUCGUUAUUUAUUAUUUGUACCUGCUGUAUUCUAUAUUUGGUGUGAAGCUGCAUAUGGUGCUCAUAUAAUUAGAUCUUGGGUUGAAGUAUCAAAAAAAGUUAAGCCAAGUGCUGAUGAAAUUGUCUAUGAUGAUGUAACAACAUCAGUCAUGGGUGGACUUAUUCAUUAUGGAACAUUAGCAACUGUUUAUCAAAAAUUAUUACAAGAUAUUUAUAUUGAUCUACAAUUGAAACUUCAUGCAGAAUAUAAAUUAGUUGUAUCACAAUGUAAAGUCUUCUGGAUUAAUAUUUGGAAACGAUCAGGAGAAAAGACUGGACUUAUGAUUGAAUUUGAUCAAAGUCAAAAGUUAGAUGAAUUAGUUCAUUCAUGGAUUGCUAAAUAUUACGAUGUUAAUGAAGUUCUUUUGGAUGGAUAUGGAUAUAUUCUAAAUCCUGCUAGUUCACAAGCACAAGCAUUUCAUCUUGAUUAUACAACCGAUUAUUCGACAAUAUUUAUUCCAUUAACUGAAAUUUCGCAUAAUAACGCUUUACAAUAUAUUAUACCAUCACCGUCAACCAGUUCGACUAUAUUAUCAGAAGCAAUACAGAAUCCUGAUUGUGUCGAUGUAAGUCGAUUGUUAAAAGAUGGAAAUUAUUAUUCGGUUCGUCAAUGUGUUGCAAAACCGUUUACUAUAUUCAAAAUGGAUUUUGGUACUAUUCAUCGAGCUAUUUCAAAUCAAGAGUCAUAUGAUCGACUAAUGUUUUAUGUUUCAGUAAUAAAGAAAAGUGCAAUACAGACGGUCAAAAUACCUGAUGAACCACUUUUUCAAUCGGCCGACAAGUUUUGA